CUCUUAUCCUUGAUCAACCCAACUUUGAUAAAAUGGUCGACAACGCACACAAGAUGCCACAACUCCGAACUUCCUUGAAAUCUUCUGGCAGUGGGACAUCCGAAUCUGCUUGGGAUCUGGAAUACCAUGUCUCCCAUCUGGCAGCAAUGAGGAAUAUGACCAAGAAAGUCUUGAAAGAGCAGUUCCAAGACCUUGGUCUUGUGCCUGAGGGGGAAGACGCCGGACGAUGGUGGAAAGAAUGGGAGGAUACCAUGAGAGCUGUCUUGGAACCUUCCACAAGCUCGAACGGGUCUUAUGUGUUGAAGAAGGAUAUGUGGGCACGAGUCACCCCGGAGGAUUAUCCUUACAAGACCCAGAAGGACCGAAAGAAAGCCGAAGCAAGAAAAGUUAAAAAUAUUCGUGUCGACAAUUUCGGAUUCUUGGAGAGUGAACCUGAGGAAAGAAUGGAAAUCAGCCAAACUCGAACAAGAAAGCGUCCUGCUGAUCUGAAGGCAGCUGGACCUGCCAACGAAUCUUCAAGUUCGAAGUCUGUUGCUCGCAUGACACAAACAUCUCCAAGCCUGAACGCAGGAUCUUCUCGAGCGACAGUAACACCCCAAGGCGACAUAGCAAUUCAGUUGGCGCAACGACUUACAAGUCGGGAGGCUUCAUCUACAACAAUUACCGACACUAUCGAAGCCAAGCAAAAUCAGGAGACUUUGAAGACGGCGGAAAGGAUGGAGAGAAUCAAUCAAUGCCUUGGUGAACAUCAGCCUACUGUAGCUGGAGUUGGCGAACCCAAUCAAGAUCUUGUUCCAGAACCAGACGCACUUCUCGAACGCCAAGAAACACCACAACAACAUUUGGUCCUCAAGCUCAAGAUCUCUAAGCGCAAACUCGAGAAGCAACCUGAUUCGGAUCGGCCUUCGAAGUCUCAAAAAUCGUCGCAUCAGGUCUCGAGUUCUGCAGUUGACGGUAGGAGUACACAACCAAGCGACUUCAGAGAGAAGUUUGAAGAGCUUGUCGUUGAAGUGGAAAGGGAAAACCAUGGCUUGAAGGAGGAGAUAAACAAGAUGAAGCUAGCGGGUGAAACAUCUCAACAGAAAUCAGAAGAGCGAGUCAAGGAGUUGGAAGCGCUCAACUCAAAUUUGAGAGAUGAUGUUUCGAACAAGGAUGGUGUCAUCAAACAAUAUGAGGCAGAUCUUACCGAGGAGAAGUCCAAAAGCUCAGCGCUACAAAUCGAGGUUGAUGGUCUGAAAGAAGCAGCAGCAAACUCGCUUGUCCAAAAGCUUCAAUCAGAAGUCGAAAGACUCGAGAGCGAGCAUGAGACAAUGAUCAAAGACAAGCUUUCCGCAGAAAGAGAGAUCGAACGCUUGAAGGCUAUUGAGAUCAAAUAUAACGCGGCUGGCAAAUACUUUUAA